CCAUCGGCAACAGGUUCGAUUUGACACUGGCCCAGCUUUGGUGCCAAAAAUAGUCAUUCAUGCAUUGUUUAGGAUCACGGUUGGGAUUGAAAACUCUUGAAAGAAGCUGUAUGCAACUGUUUUGUAUUUCUAGCCGUGGCCUUUCAGCUUCAUCAGUGUUCAAAAACAUGGAAAAGACUUUUCAGCUUCAAAAUAAACUUCCAAGCUUACCUGUUCCUCCACUAGAACAGACUUGUAAAAAAUAUUUGGCAUCAGUAAAGCCUCACUUGACAUCAGAAGAGUAUCUUCAGACUCAGUUUUUGGUGAAUGAAUUUGCCAGUGGAGUUGGAAAAGAACUUCAAAGCAAGCUUGAGACAAGGGCAAGUAACAUGCGUAACUGGCUCAAAGAAUGGUGGGAGGAUGUAGCAUACUUAACACCCAGAUAUCCAUCUGCCCCAAUGGUCAACAUUGGAGGACCGAUACCAGUGACAGACAUAUGGCCAGUCCAAACUGGAGCCCAAGUAACAAGAGCUGCCAUAUUUACCCAUGCAUUCCUUAAAGUUUGGCAAGAGCUUUACAGAGAGGAAAGCCCCAUUGAGAGAAUGGGGUCAACUCCACUCUGUAUGUUUCAGUUUACACGGCUCUUUUCAUGUUGUAAAGUUCCUGGCAGGGAAAAGGACUCCUUAAGGACUAACUUUGUCACAGCUCCUCACAGUUCACCCCGUCACAUUAUUGUGCAAGUCAGAGGACGGAUUUUUAGUUGUGUGGUGCUGGAUGAAAAUAUGGAGCCUCUCUCACCAGCAGAAAUUGAAAGCUGCAAGAACGAUUGAAAGCAUUAGACAGCAAUAACCAAAGCAUUCUAGAUACCAUUGAAACAAGUUUGUUUGUUUUGGUACUUGAUGAAAAUGAUCCUGUCACUAAAACUGAGGUUUGUAGUCAAGCCAUAACUGGAGAUUGUAGAAACCGUUGGUUUGAUAAGUCAGUGAGUAUUAUUGUCUUCAAAUCUGGCAGAUUGGCUACUCACUGUGAUCACACUCCAUUUGAUGGUGUUGUGAAAAUAAACUCUAUCAUUUUGGCAAUAAAAUAUCUGAAAGAAAAAGGUGGAGAGUGGAAGGGAAAUUCAGAAGUGAAGAACUAUUAUAAACCCCAAGAACUGGUUUUUGAAGUUGAUGAUGGUAUUAACCGAGCAGUAGAUCUGGCCGUUCAAAAAUAUCAGGAAGCGGCUGACGAUGUAAAUAUCACUGUGCAUUCAUCACGGGAAUAUGGAAAAGGUUUUAUUAAGCCUUACAAGAUUCACCCAGACACGUUUGUACAAUUGGCAAUUCAACUGGCGUAUUACAGGCUACAUCGCAAACCUGCGCCCACUUAUGAAACAGGUCAGACUCGACAAUUUUAUCACGGACGGACAGAAACAAUUCGUUCAUGUACCAUGGAAUCAGUGGCCUGGUGUAAAGCAAUGUUCGAUGGCAAUGCUGAUAAGUCGACGAAAAUGCGGUUGUUUCGUGAAGCUUACACGAGUCAUGAUUCACUCAUGAGAGACGCGGUCAAUGGCCAAGGAAUUGAUCGUCACUUGCUGGGGCUUCAGUUAAUAGCUGCCUCCGAAGGAUUGCCAACACCGGCUAUCUACACAGAUAAAGCGUGGACGGCGAGCGGUGGUGGUGGCAACUUCGUCCUGUCGACAAGUUGUGUAGGAUUUUCUUCAAUACUUGGUGGCUGCGCUGCAAUGGUGAAAGACGGGUAUGGAGCAUUCUAUAGCAUCGAGGACAACAGAAUUAACUUUGUUAUCGCGACGUUUACAACCUCUGAGGUUACGGAUGCCAAAAAGUUCCAGCAUUCACUUGACGAGAGUUUCCGAGACAUGAAACAUCUCUUACUGACAUCUAGGCUGUAAGACGAAGAGCACUCUUUUAACCCUUUCACUCUCAUGAGAGACCAAGAUAGAAUUUCUCCUCACAAUAUCAAUACAUUAUCAAGCAAACAAAUAAUGAGAAUAAAGAAAAAUGUCAGUUAGGAGAUUACUAGUUGAUCCAAUACCAAAUUCUCUUACUAACGUCUUAAGAAUUGUUUGGCAGACAUUAAGGAGAAUUAGUCAUGAGGUCGUGGCAGUGAAAAGGUUAACUGAGAUUUCUCUGUAAGGUCUUGCGCUUGCGUGUGUUGAAAAUCAUUAACGAAGUGAGAAAUGAUUAAAGAAGGUAGAAGUUCGACUUACAUUCCCAGGCACUAUCGACUCUUCCCUUGGUUUACCUCCAAGUGCUCAGAACUGAUUAAACCGUAACCUCUCCUCACAAUAUCAAUACAUUAUGCAGCGUAAAAGUGACGAGAACGUAUACGCUUGUCAGCUAGGGAAUGUUGUUUUGAUGUAUAUAAUACCAAGUUCUCUUAACUAUUUACGAAAAAACUCUGUUAGGUAAAAGAAAGAAUUACUAAUCAGAUCUUGGGAGGUGAAGGGACGCGACAAGGCGAUCAUGAUAUUCAACAACGAGUUUUCAAGCAAUAGCGCAUUAUUAUUAUUUUUUUAACUUACUUUAUAGGGUGGAUUUGUACCCCAAUUUGUCAGUUCAAAAUAAGUUGAGAACGUGUUAUAAGGGAACAUGUGCACUAAAAAUUGUAAUUCGUUUGAGAAGGGUUAUUUUAAGAUGUUGUAAGAGUUAUGUCGAACAAGAAACACUUCCAAA